AUGGCAAACACCACAUGGCUUCUCUACUACUUAACUCACCGCCGAUUCUCACUUUCAUUCAGGUCAUUCUUCUUCAUCCCUACAUCCUUAGCCCUCUUUACUUCUCUCUUCAUCCUCUUUUACAUUUCCACCACCUCCACUCUCUUCUUUUCUCAUCAAAAGCCAUCCAUACCUCACCUAAACCAACCACUUUUAUCUGGGUCAUCAUCUAUCCCCCAAAAUAAAAUUCCUGUUCCAUUUAACAAUAAUACUAAAAACCCUUCUGUUCAUGUAUCCAAAAUCAGUCGCUCGAAAGAGAAUAGCAGUGAUGGAAAGGAAAGUCAACGGUCUUUGUGGCCUCAAUUGAGCUCCUCUGAUGGAAUCUAUGUGAAUAACGAGGUGUUCCAUGAUAAAGAUAUCUUUCUGGAAGACUAUAGACAAAUGAAUAGGAGCUUUAAGAUAUAUGCUUAUCCUCACAGGCGAGAUGACCCAUUUGCGAAUGCACUCUUUCCGGUUGAUUCGGAACCUGGGGGCAAUUACGCCAGUGAAAGUUACUUUAAGAAGGUUCUUAUGAAAAGUGAUUUCAUCACAAAAGAUCCAGCAAAGGCAGAUCUUUUCUUUCUUCCCUUUUCAAUUGCAAGGUUGCGGCAUGACCCUCGAGUUGGUGUAGGAGGUAUCCAAGAUUUCAUCAGAGAUUACAUCUUAAAUGUAAGCCAGAAGUACCCAUAUUGGAAUAGGACAGGUGGAGCUGAUCAUUUCUAUGUUGCUUGUCAUUCCAUUGGCCGGUCAGCAAUGGAGAAGUCAGAGGAAGUAAAAUUUAAUGCCAUUCAAGUUGUUUGCUCUUCAAGCUAUUUCCUUUCUGGAUACAUUGCUCACAAGGAUGCCUCCCUACCACAAAUUUGGCCCAGACAAGGAGAUCCUCCUAAUCUUGCGUCGUCAAAGAGGAAGAAACUUGCUUUCUUUGCUGGAUCAAUCAACUCCCCUGUCCGCGAAAGGCUUCUUGAUUCUUGGAGAAAUGACUCGGAGAUCUUUGCCCACUUUGGUCGGCUCACAACACCUUAUUCUGAUGAGCUACUUGGAAGCAAGUUCUGCCUCCAUGUCAAAGGCUUCGAAGUAAACACAGCUCGAAUUGCAGAUUCGCUAUAUUAUGGUUGCGUUCCAGUUAUCAUUGCCAAUCACUAUGAUCUUCCAUUUGCAGACAUUCUGAAUUGGAAGAGCUUCUCAGUUGUUGUUGCCACUUUAGAUAUUCCAUUGCUUAAGAAAAUCCUAAAAGGUCUAAGUUCUGACCAAUAUCUGAAGUUUCAAAAAAAAGUAUUAGAGGUGCGAAGACAUUUCCAGUGGCAUCUUCCUCCAGUUGAUUAUGAUGCAUUUUACAUGGUGAUGUAUGAAUUAUGGCUGCGACGGACUUCUAGUGAUAGAGUUGUUAGAAAUAAGAAGUUGUGGGGGCCUGUGAAGUCAUUGACCUCGUUGCAGCCUUAUGCCAAUCCAAGAAGCAACUAUCCUGUUCCAAAUGAAAAGAACAACGGUUACAUUUAUGCAAAACUUUUUGGUGGAUUUGAGAAGAUAAAAUCCUCGAUCUGUGAUCUUGUCAUCAUAUCCAGGCUUCUAAAUGCUACUCUUGUCAUUCCAGAGAUUCAAGAAAGUCUUCAAUCAAAAGGCAUUAGUUACAAAUUCAAGAGUUUUUCAUAUCUCUAUGAUGAAGAGCAGUUCAUAGCAUCACUAAAAAAUGAUGUAAUCAUUGUGAAGAGCCUGCCUGAGAAUUUGAAAGCAGCCAGGAGAAGGAAUGAGGUCCGUACAUAUAAGCCCAAAAGAUAUGCUUCUCCAGAUUUCUACGUUAAAGAAAUUUUGCCCGUGUUAAAGAAAUCCAAGGUUAUUGGACUAGUUCUUCAUGAUGGAGGAUGCCUGCAGUCAAUUCUUCCACCGAGCAUGUCUGAGUUUCAGAGGCUUAGAUGUCGGGUUGCAUUCCAUGCUCUAAAAUUUCGCCAAGAAAUUCAGGUGCUUGGUCAGUUGAUGAUUCAGAGGUUACGGGCAUCUGGUCAACCUUUUCUUGCAUUUCAUCCUGGCUUAGUGAGAAACACCUUGGCAUAUCAUGGUUGUGCAGAACUAUUCCAGGAUGUUCAUACCGAGCUUAUACAGUAUCGAAGGGCACAGAUGAUUAAGCAAGGGAUUCUUAAUGAUGAGCUAAGUAUAAAAUCACAUGUCCGUAGAGACAAUGGGUCAUGCCCCCUCAUGCCAGAAGAGGUUGGUCUUCUUCUUCAAGCUAUGGGCUAUUCUAAUAGUACAAUGAUCUAUGUGGCUGGUUCUGAAACUUUCGGAGGUCAACGCGUUUUGAUCCCUCUGCGUGCCAUGUUCUCCAACACUGUGGAUUGCACUCGAGUGUGCACUAAGCGAGAAUUGUCUGAUUUGGUUGGCCCUGAAACACCUCUUCCAUUGAAUCCUUUCCAGCCACCUCCUACCAAAAGUGAGGAACAACUUAAAGAAGAGUGGAAUAAGGCAGGUCCUCGGCCUCGUCCCCUUCCUCCACCUCCAGACAGACCCAUCUAUCAACAUGAAAAAGAAGGGUGGUACGGUUGGAUCAGUGAGUCUGACACAGAACCAGACCCUUCACCUGUAGAUCUGAGGAUGCAAGCACACAGGUUACUCUGGGAUGCCCUUGAUUAUAUUGUAUCAGUGGAAGCGGAUGCAUUCUUUCCUGGUUUUCAUAACGAUGGUAGUGGAUGGCCGGACUUCUCAAGCUUGGUCAUGGGACAGCGGCUGUAUGAGAGGGCUUCUUCUAGAACAUAUCGGCCAGACAGGAGAGUUAUUGCAGAACUCUUCAACAUUACCCGUGAGAACAUGUACUACCAUCGCAAUCAUCAUUGGAAAAUUUCAAUCAGGGAACAUCUCAACAAAAGCUUGAGUGAAGAUGGCCUUAUCAGGCAAUCCCUUCUGUCAAAGCCAACCACAUUCCUGUCUCACCCGCUUCCUGAGUGCUCUUGUAUAAUUCCUUCUGCUGAGGUUCCAAAACAGGCAAAAGGUAAUGAUGGCCGGUUCCUAUAUGGAGGAGAGGAUGAGUGCCCAAGAUGGAUGCAGCGUAGUCAGGAAGAUACUCACCCAGAGUCAGCAGUAGCGGAAGAUAGUAGUAAUGAUAAUAGUGAGUUAGAAUAUGAAAAUGAUGGUGUUGAACAGCAAGAAUCUGAUGACAAAGAAAGUAAAAGUAGUCUUACUCAACUACUGAUGGAUCAGGAUGAUGAAUGGGAUCCCAAUGACUAG